AUGAAGUACGACGCGGAUGAUUCACCCGCCUUUGUCGCCUCCUCCUCUCGAUAUGCUCCUUAUAGCUCUGCUAUAAGUUCCGCGGCAUCUACCUCUACAGCAUCUGUUUGGUCUGACACCGCUUCUCAAUCAUCCGACGACACCUCCAUUUCAGCAAACACCUCCGACUCUGAUUCGUGCGACGCUUACUGUCUCUCAAAGCGCGCUACCACCACUGCUCAAAAUGUUGUCAACUAUCGCCGGUCGCUCCAUCAGCGCGAUGUCGAGGCAGCCGUCCCGGCCGAGUUGCGACAGAACCCUAGACGCAGCGCCCCCGGUUCCCACGCCGGUCGAGGAGGCUGCCCCCCUACUCUUGUGCGACAGUCGGAUCGCAAAGUCAACUUUGUCGACAGCCUUGUUGGUAGGUUGCAGCAAUCGCUUCUUGAUUCAUUAACCCAAUGCUUAGCCUUUUAUUUUGCAGAUUCUUCCACCCAGAUCGUAGAAGCCAUCUGGCCCCUCUCCUCGGUUGUGUGCCGCAGUGAGCUUGGCAGCAAAGCCGUAUUGCCCCUGCGAACCUUUAUUCAGGAGACUCUCCGGCGUUCACGCACCAGUUACUCUACGCUUCAGGUGGCUUUGUAUUACUUGGUUCUCAUCAAGCCUCACGUUCCCAAGCACAACUUCACUACCGAGCAACCGGAUGACAGACAUGCAGACCGUGCCCUCCAGUGCGGCCGUCGCAUGUUUCUCGCAGCUCUUAUUCUCGCCUCAAAAUACCUCCAAGACCGCAACUACUCGGCUCGCGCUUGGAGCAAGAUUUCUGGGCUUAACACGCAGGAAAUUAACCAGAAUGAGAUUGCUUUCCUCCUGGCAGUCAACUGGAAGCUGCAUAUCACGGACGAGGUUUUCCAGCGUUGGACCGAGAUUGUUCUCAAGUACACCCCGCCUCCUUCGCCCCCUUCACCCGGUGCUGCCUCUCAGGCCUAUGCUCAACAGUCUGCCGACUGGAAACAGCUGAUUCUGAAACUUGAGCCUGAGCUCGCCAAUAUUGAUGGACUCAUUCCUGGAACAACGCUCGCCAGCGCCACUGCUAGUGACCUUUGCGCGCUCUCCCCUCGAAGCAUCCUCAACCUGCCUCAGGAGUCUCGCAACCCAGCUGCGUUCGAGAGUCUUGGUACUACUCCCACUCCAAAGAUGUAUGCUGCACCCUCAGUCAUGGAGCCUGCACCCAGCAGCGUGUAUACGCCCGGCCGCUUGGCUCCUGCCAUGACCCUUUUGCCGACUCCACGCCUUACUCCGCAGACCAGUGGAUUCUGCACUCCUGCCGUGAGUGCCGCGUCCCAGGUUCUCGGAAAGAGCAAUGCUAUGGGUCUCGCAAUGGCUCAGGCUAGCAGCAUCAGUGCUGUACAAACCACUCUGGAUCGCUUCCCUUGCUCUGUAACUUCGUCGCCUCAGGGGUACUGCCCAGUCCGUCGAUCCUCUCUGGCCAACUCGGUGUCGACUGCAUCGUCACCUGAAUCCAUGGUUUCGGAUUCCUCGCGCUCCUCGCGCUCAUCAUCCAUUUCUUCUGCUUCUAGCCUCGCUAGCGCGACCCUCUACAACAGCACCAGCCGUUGCAGUGUGCCGUCGCGAUUUCGAGUUGCAAAGCUCUGGAAUGACCGGGUGAGCCUGAAGCCUUCCGUUCCCUCGGUUCCAGAGGACUAUGACGAGCACUGCCUUUCCUCCUCGCCGGAGUCGUACACUGGUGAAGCUGCCAAGCUUGGCGAUCUUUGUCUGGACACUCCCUUGGCGAGACGUGAGCGAGAACUCGACGAGAUGACUCGUGAUCCUGCAUCUGAUGCCGCCAGGGCUUUGCAAGACCUCCAUAACCACGAUGUAUCUGCUGAUGCCACGCCCACAGCCAAGACUGGCUCGAAGCGAAGCCGUGCAUCUUCCAUCGACAACUCUCUACACGAGAACGUCCGGGAUAUCCUGUCCCGCCGAUACAAGUCCCCUGAAUCCUCAUGGGCAAACAACGUUGUGCGAUCCCAGGGCUUGGCUUCGGAAUCGUAUCUGCAGGUUCCCGUCCACCCCACCUUUGGACGCAACGCAAAGCGAGUAUGUUGCUCUGCAGAGGCCGCGACUGGCUACCAGACUGCUGGUGUUCACCCCGCCAUUAGUCUGCGAGGACCUGGAAUGUGGGAUGGCAUUCUUAACUGA